UCAAUAGCACAUUCAACAUACAUCACCUCACUAAUAUUGUACCAAAAGCACAUAGCGGCAAAAUAUGGCUCCUUGUUCAGCAAGAAAAGAGAAAGUGCCACUAACCGCCGUGGCACUCACCUUCUUGUUGAUUCUUCUCCUUGGAAACUUUACUUCUAUGGCCUCUGCUUCUGGCAAUUGCGGUUCGGAAGGCUCAACAUGCCUCGUGCCUUCUGAGUUCGUCGGUGUUGUUAAGGAAGUUAUUGGGCUUUUGGGAAAUGUUGGUUCCAUCCUGUCCAAGUUUACCGGUGGUUUUGGUAAUUUCCAUCUCACAAACGCCAUUCUUGACGGUCUUGAUUUGUUGGACAUGUCCUCCGAUGAACUUAAUUUGUUUCUCUCCGUCAUUCAAAAUCCCAAAGGGAGAAACAACUUAGAAUUGGAUUUAGCGACAUGGCUAAGUGCUGUCCUAGCAAAUUUAGACACAUGCCUCGAUGGAUUCGAAGGCACAAAUAGUAUCAUCAAAGGGUUAAUCUCCCCUGGCCUUAGACUAGUGACAUCGCCAGUAACGAAUCUUCUCGCAAAGGUUGAUGUGUCCCAGAAUGAUUUCUUCGAAGAUGCUGAGGCCGGCGCCGGCGAGGGCCGAUUUCCUUCGUGGGUGAAGCCGAGGGAGAGAAAGCUUCUGCAAGCAAAUAGGGUGGUUCCGAACGCCGUGGUAGCUGCAGAUGGGAGUGGAAACUUUAGAAGAAUCAUGGAUGCCGUUAUGGCAGCGCCGAAUAAUAGUAAUACGAGGUUUGUGAUUUACGUGAAGAGAGGUGUUUACAAUGAGUACGUAGAGAUUAAUAAGAAUAAGAGGAAUAUCAUGAUGAUCGGAGAUGGUAUCGGUGCCACUAUUAUCACCGGCAACCGGAAUUAUGUCGACGGCUGGACAACUUUUCGAUCGGCCACCUUUGUUGUAGUUGGAGAAGGGUUCAUAGCACGAGACAUUAGUUUUCAAAACACAGCAGGGCCAGCGAAGAAGCAAGCCGUGGCACUAAGAACCGAUUCUGACUUCUCCGUCUUUUUCCGUUGUGGAAUUUUCGGCUACCAAGACACCCUUUACGUUCACUCAAUGCGUCAAUUCUUCAGAGAGUGCACCAUUUCCGGUACAGUCGAUUUCAUCUUCGGCUAUGGAACUGCCGUGUUCCAAAAAUGCAACAUACUUAUCAAAAAAGGGUCACCGGACCAAAAGAACGCAAUCACUGCACACGGCAGAGAAGAUCCUAACGAACCAACAGGGUUCUCGUUGCAAUUCUGCAACAUAAUCGCUGACUCUGACCUCGUUCCGUUUGUUAAGACGACGGAAUCUUUCUUGGGGAGGCCAUGGAAAAAGUAUUCAAGAACAGUUUUUAUGCAAAAUUAUAUAAGCGACGUUAUAAGCCCGCUAGGUUGGACACCAUGGAAUGGGAGCAUUGGGUUGGACACUCUGUAUUAUGCUGAGUAUAUGAACACUGGUCCCGGUGCCGGUGUAGCUAACAGAGUGAAAUGGCUUGGAUACCGUGUUUUGAAAACCUCCCGUGAAGCUAGUAAUUUUACUGUCGCAAACUUCAUUCAAGGGAACUCUUGGUUGCCUUCAACUGGUGUCGCAUUUUCAGCUGGAUUAUCUCUUUAA